AUGUGCCAUCAGGCCGGCGUAGCCCAGUCAUCCGACAGUACACUGCCCAGCCCACAGAAGCCUGAAGAUGUUUUGCACAGCAUCGCCUUCGUAACCCACAUUCUGGCAGUGACGCUGGUCAGUACAUUCAUGGUCUUGCGCUUUCCCUCGUCUUAUUUCACAAAGCUCAGUCUCCUCUCGACCACGAUAAGAGUCUUCAAACUGCACCGUAAAACGGUUAUCGGAACAUAUGUUUUCAUCGUCUUCUUGACUCUAUAUACCAUUCCCGUCUUUUUUGUUAAAACGUUGAUAUGCCAACCGAUCGCCGGAUACUGGGAUCCAGAAAUUACGACCACCUGUUUUAAUCAGCGCGACAUUUAUUUAGCGGAUACCACUAUUAGUGCCGCCACCGAUAUGGCCGUUCUAUGUCUUCCAAUACCUGUUGCCCUUACUCUCCGAAUGGCAUGGCAUAAACGACUCAAGGUUAUCGUCAUGCUGAGCUCCGGAGGUGUUGCGACGGCUGCGAGUCUUGUUAGGCUGGUUGUCGUGAUCAAAUUGAGGGAAUCGAGUGAUGUCACAAUAACCCUCAUGCGCGUGACUCUUCUUGGGACAGCGGAAGUGAGCAUCGGUCUGAUUUGCGCAUGCCUUCCUGCCAUUAAUAUUCUCUGUCUUCGAGGCUGUAACGCCUCAGGAGACUCGGAUCAAAACACUCGCGGAAGCGAUAGAAUAAUCGAGCUCAAAUUCCUCAAAGGCAGCAAGCUCAGGACCCAGCACAUGGCAACAGAAGUCAGACAGGAGGACGCUAAUCACGAGGAGCCUCUAUCACCACCUCAAGAAGAAGCCAGAAGAAGUUAUAUAUUUCCCUUCGAACGAGUCCGCCAUCCCCCGCCAGCACAAGUGGGAACUGAUACGGAAAGGGCAACGAUACAAGAUGAGUGGUAUUCCGGAGUACUCACUUCACCGUUUUCUGAAGCUGGAGCUUCAGACUGGAGUCGAAAAGCGGCUGGACCAUGA